UGAAUGUAACAGCAACAGGGAUUCAGUCCUUUCCUAUACCAGUGUCCGGAGUAACAGCUCUUACUUAGGCAGUGAUGAAAUGGGAUCAGGUGAUGAACUUCCCAGUGAUAUGAGAAUACCAUCAGACAAACAAGACAAGCUUCAUGGCUGCCUUGAGCAUCUUUUUAACCAGGUGGAUGCUAUCAAUGUCCUUCUCAAAGGACCAGUAAUAAGCAAAGCUUUUGAAGAAACCAAACAUUUCCCAAUAGAUCACACUUUGCAAGAAUUUAAGCAGAAAGAAGAAACCACUAUUCGGAGCAGGAACAAGAUUCAGAUCAGCAUACAGGAAGAUCCCUGGAACCUCCCAUUUCGCAUUAAAAAUCUUGUUGAUACGAUUCAAAAAUAUGUGGAAGAUGGAAAGAAUCAGCUCCUGUUGGCUUUGCUGAAAUGCACAGAUACAGAACUGCAAGUGAGACGAGAUGUAAUUUUCUGUCAAGCCCUGGUGGCAGCCAUUUGCACAUUCUCAGAACAGUUAUUGGGAGCGCUCAACUAUAGAUAUAACAACAACGGAGAGUAUGAAGAAAGCAGUCGGGAAGCCAGUAAGAAAUGGCUGGAGCAGAUAGCAGCCACAGGAGUGUUGCUCAACUACCAGUCCUUGCUGUCUCCCAGUGUGAAAGAAGAGCGAACUAUGCUGGAAGAUAUUCAGGCCACCUUGUCAGAGCUGGACAAGGUUGCCUUUUGUUUCAAGCAGCUGGAUGAGUGUUUUGUAGCAAAUACUCAUGUCUUUUAUCAUGUUGAGGGAAAUCGGCAAGUUUUGAAGGUGACCUUAUUCCUGGAUAGUUACUACUUUUCCAAACUACCUUCCCGAUUUCAGAAUGGAGGAAGUCUGAAACUGCAUGCAGUGCUCUUUACAAAAGCCCUUGAAAAUCUGGAAGGCCAAGUCCUGCCAAAUGGGUCAUCUCAGGAGGAGCUUCAGCAUCAAAUCAAUUCCUACUCUCUUGAGAAGGUGCAACAGUAUUAUCGCAAACUCAGGACAUUUUACCUUGAACGAUCCAACUUGCCUACAGAUUCAAAUACCACAGCUGUGAAAAUUCAUCAGCUUAUUCGGCCCAUCAAUGCAAUGGAGGAGCUUUGCAGACUAAUGAAAUCUUUUGUCAGCGCAAAAGGCAAUCAGUCUGGGUAUUCCAGUAAUUAUGUAGCAGGGGCUGGAUUGCUGCCUAUAUCUUCCGAAUUCUGUUACCGCCUUGGAGCCUGCCAGGUUGUAAUGUGUGGCACUGGGAUGCAAAGGAGCACACUGUGUGUGUCAUUGGAGCAAGCGGCAAUAUUGGCUCGAAGUCAUGGACUCUUGCCCAAGUGUAUUAUGCAGGCAACAGACAUAAUGAGAAAGCAAGGGCCAAGGGUUGAAAUCUCUGCAAAAAAUCUGAAAGUGAUGGAUCAGAUGCCACAAUCUGCACCCCGAAUCUACAAGUUGUGUCAACCGCCUGCAGAUGGAGAUUUGUAAGAGGAAAGGAAACACGUUAUCUUGGAGUCGCAGAAGUGUUUAGCAGAGAGCAGUUCUGCCUGAGUACUGUCUUAUGUCAGUGGUGCUGAGUCCAGAAGACAGAGGAGGGUCCUGGAUUCUAUUCUUUUAGGUAGUCCAGUGCACUAAGGACUUCUCUUUCUCCUUCCCUCCUGCCAAAUUACGGGGGCAGGCCUGCUUACUCUUUCUGGGCUUGAUGCAGAAGUUCUCAAAAUUCUCCAGAAUGUGGAUGGAAGAAUCACCUUUCUCAGGUUGCCUGAUGUGGAACGUUGUGGAUUCUGAAUUUUGGAUGGGCACGGAAGAUAGAAGGUGAAGCAAACCCACCUGCCAUGGUGUUUGGACUACCACAGAUUUUCUAGCAAAGUGUUGGCCAGUUGCCUUGAAUAAGAGUUUCACAAACAUUCACUUUUUUAAACAAGAAAAUGUACACUCACUUGCACUUUGAAAUUUCAAAUAGCACACAUCCCUCUGGUUUGUUCAAAGAAUUUUUCACUUCAUACUAAUAUAAACCAAACCCUAUAGAGUACACAUUCCAUGAGACUUUCUACAAGAAAUUCCUUUUAACUUUUACUGUAAAGUUCAGGAUUUGCAGUUAACACAUUUAAGAAAAACAAAAACAAAAAACUAAUGGUCCAUUAUGUAUUCUGGAAAUACAGUUAUAUUUUACCAGUGAGAUUAACAAUGAAGGAUUUUUUUUAAAAAAAAGUUGAUACAAAAGGGGAAGCAAACAGAGCUCUUUGCUUCAAUAAUUUAAACCUAUAAAGGUUUUUAAAACAAGGACAGAAAUAUACUUAUUUAUGUGGAAUAGAUGAUCUGUUUUGGAAUAUGUUACUAUAUAUGCAAGAUUUAAAUAAAAAAAGUAUUGUUUCAAAGGGGCCAAUAUACUGGUAGAUAUGUAGUAGUUCACUGAAAAUAUUGUUAUGAUAUUUAAAACUUUUCAGUAUUUAAGUAGACUUUAAUCUUUUUUUCUUUUUAAAAAUAGAAUAUAAGUAGGUUGUAAUUUAAAACAAAAAAUUGGUUGUGUACAUAAUGUACUUCAUUUUUCCCAAUUUUAGACAUUUUUCGGUUUGAUCAGGAUGAUUACUAGCAUGGUGAUUUACUUUUAAAUUACCAUCUGCAAUGUAAUUUUUUUAAAAAAGAGCAAUCUCAGGCCAGAAAUAACAUUCUUGUGGAGCGAGUGCCUUAAAUUAAUUAUCCAAGUUGAUCAAGAUACUAGAAGAAAUUAAGGGGAAUAAAACUAAUACUCGUCUAUAUCACUAAUAAUUUAACACCAUAAUAUGCUGUAAAAUGCAUAUUGCUGGGCAUGCAUAGAAAUUCCUUAAAGUGACUUGUGGUAUUUAAGGCAUGCAGAAAAGGAUUUGGGGCCGAGGGUGGGGGUGGCUUUGAAUAGGGCAUUUAAUAAACUCCAGUGUUUGUUAAUAAUCAAAACCUUCAUUUUUGUGUGUACACUGAAAAUGGUUCCUCUACUUCUACUCUUGACGAGGAAGUUGAUCAGAGGAGGAAACAUGCAGUGAUAUCUGAAUCUAUUUGAGAUUCUAGUUAAAGUACAAUUUCAUUUCUGACUAGUACAUAAGACUAUCAUUUAUUCAUAUUAGAAUAAAUAAGACUGUCAUAUGGAUACAUGGCCAGCAGAUGGCAGCUUUAGGCUUCCUGGUGAAAACUAGUGUACUACCAUAAGAAAUUGGAUUAAGAAAAAAAUCCAAAAUCCUUAGCUGAAAAAUGCCUUUAAUUGUUGCUUUUAAUAAGCUACUGAAUGGAACUCAUCUAAAGUUAGUAAAAUUCUCUAGAAGAUUUGCCCGGCAGACUGAGGUAGUCAUUUUGUUUCAUGCCACUUGGAUGCUACAACUGAAAUAUAGCAGUUUAUUCUCCCCGUUAUAUACGGUAACAUAUGGUGAGCAUCCAAAUGUAGGCUAAUUUAAAACAGUUCAGCCAGGGGAGGCUAAUAUUUUACAUGGGACUUUCUCAGCAAAUUGCAUUUAGGUGCACAAUCGUGAAGGUGGCUGUCUGUGCAUGACUGCCGAGCUAGGGAAAAUUAGAUUUGAAUCUAAAGCCUUGCAUCAGCCUUCUGCAUGUCCCAACAUUUAUUAAUCUGCCUUAUGCCCUUCAAUUUCACUGAGACCACUGUGAAGUUUGGUUCAUGCAACCAAUAUUGGAGCCUAAUUAUAAUGUCAAGAAUUUUGUUGUUGCUCUUGCCUCCUACAUACCCCAUUGAAUGUAAAGAUGAUGUACCAUGGAUUUAGAUGCCGGAGUAAUGUACAGUCAUGAAAGGCCUUAUGGGAUAGUCGCAGAAGUAAGUUAAGGCUUCCUUUUGAAGGGACCGGUCACUUGCUGUUUGCAUAAUUCAUUGUUUCAUUUUCAAGUGUACACAUUUUCUACUGUUGAGGAUAUUGCACAUACUGUACAGUGGCAAGUGAGAAUUCACUAAGUGAACCAGGAAGGCUGCAGUCUGUGUUCACAAGCAUUGUCCAGUGCACAGAAGUGAACAUAUAGAGGGGAGAAUAGAACUAUUCCUGCAUCUCUUGCCCACAACAUUUGCACAUUUGGAGAAUGUCUGUAAAGUGGAACCAGUGUACAUAUAUUGGCAUUGAAGGGGUCACAAGGCAUCGGGAUAAGUUCAGUAGAAGACCAAGAGUGCAGUAUCUGCUAAUAUUACUGCAGAGAGUAAGGUGUAGAGCUGUUUUUGUUACUCCAGCUGAACUCACUACCAUGUCCUAAAUGCAGUCUUCUACAUCUUGGUGUUCUCCAGAUACAUUGGGUGUUAGCUGGGUGUCUACCCUUAGCUAGAGUAGCCAUUGCCUAAAUGCUUUGUACACUGUUGCUUUGAAGGCAGUUAGACUUGGGUGGGAUAGUAAGAUCCAGGUGAGAUUCUCCUAUGCAAUUACCCUAAACAUCCAUUGCAUGUUUUCCCUGGUCUCCUCUCUUACAAGCCUGCAACUGACAUUUCCCUCAUCACAGCACUGAAACUAGCUCCUGGAAGCUCCCUUACCCUUCAUACAUUUCUGUCACACCCAGUAAAGGAGCAAUCACUUUUCUUUAGAAUAAAUUGUAUGGAGUCUUUCUGAAAACAUUGGCUUUGCCAAUCUGGGAAAGUAACAGAUCAUAUUUUUAUAGCAAUGUGUAACUGGCAUUUUCAGAUGUACUGUAUGUAUAUAAAAAGUACACUGUCGUUGUGAAGUCAACUCCAGUAGCUUUCUUUGAUUUUUCCUUGCUGUAUUGCUAAUGGUAUGUAUAUGUGUAUGUGUCUUAUGAUAAGAUAAAUGAGUUAAUACAUUU